AGGAGGGAGCGGUCCCUCCGCUUCGGGCGCGCGGUCGGGGGCGCAGGCGACGCGCCGGGCGGAGCGGGGCAUGCCGGGAGUUGUGGUCCCGGCGAGCUGAGGCUGUGGGACGUGUCGCGGCGCUGCGCCGGCUCCUCCUUCCCCUCCCUUCUCAGCGGUCCCCCGCCCCUUCCCUCAGCCUCCUCCUCCCUCGCCCGCAGCCCAGCGUCCCCUGCCCCCACCCGUCGGACUCCUCGGCGGCUACUGCAGAGGAUUCAGAGCCGAGUCGCUGAGGAGGAGGAGGCUCCUGGUCCCUGCGCGCCAUCCGCCACCUUACUGGACACGGGCGACGGAGCGAGAGCGUCGCCUCUGUAGCCUUCAGAGAAGACAAGGGCAUCGCCGCCUCAGCUGCCGCUGCCGCCGUUUUCGCCUGCAGCAGCUCGCCGGUAUCAGGAAUCUCUGCAUUUCAUUUACAGGAUUCUCACUUGUCCACAAUGAACCCUGUUUAUAGCCCCGUGCAGCCUGGGGCUCCUUAUGGCAACCCGAAGAACAUGGCCUACACAGGUUACCCCACAGCCUAUCCAGCUGCGGCCCCUGCCUACAACCCCAGCCUGUAUCCUACCAAUAGCCCCAGUUAUGCUCCAGAGUUUCAGUUCCUGCAUUCAGCUUAUGCAACUCUGCUGAUGAAACAGGCCUGGCCACAGAACUCGUCUUCCUGUGGCACUGAAGGCACCUUCCACCUCCCAGUGGACACCGGGACCGAGAACCGAACUUACCAAGCAUCCUCUGCGGCUUUCAGAUAUACUGCGGGGACACCAUACAAGGUCCCACCGACCCAGAGUAAUACUGCUCCGCCCCCCUACUCCCCGUCACCCAACCCCUACCAGACGGCCAUGUAUCCAAUCAGAAGUGCCUACCCCCAGCAGAAUCUGUAUGCCCAGGGAGCCUACUAUACACAGCCGGUGUAUGCUGCCCAGCCCCAUGUCAUCCACCACACCACGGUUGUCCAGCCCAACAGCAUUCCCUCUGCCAUAUACCCGGCGCCUGUCGCCGCUCCCAGGACCAACGGCGUGGCCAUGGGAAUGGUGGCCGGCACCACCAUGGCGAUGUCAGCAGGUACCCUGCUGACUGCACCCCAGCACACCGCGAUUGGGGCACACCCUGUCUCCAUGCCAACAUACAGGGCCCAAGGGACCCCUGCGUACAGCUAUGUGCCCCCGCACUGGUAAAGCCUGCGCCCAUCCAAACCUGGAGUCACACAUUGUAUGCAACUACUCGAGUCUUACACAGGUGCUGGAGCAGCUCCCUAGCAGCACCGCCUCUAUUUGCAAGAAGAGACAACGGAAGUGCAAGGGUCACUUUAUGCAUCUUUAACGGUUUUGGUUUUUAUUUUUGGUUUUUGUAAAAGCUGCUUUUUCUAAUCUCCUGCCUCUCCCCACUGUCCCCGCUCUGAGCCGCUGCCCUCCCAGCUCCACCCUUCUCCUACCUGACCAGGCACAUCCUCUCUGCUCCUUUCCUUCCCCAAGCAUCCAGCCCUGGGAGCCUAGUCUAGCGGCAGGCAGAGAGUGGGGUCUGUUGCAGUGGUUCAGCUGAAGGUGCAAUUUCCUUUGAAGAGCAUAGCGGAUGUGACCCUUGGGUCCAGGGUAGAAACUCAGAACUGUUGAGCAAGCCACAUCUCUGAGGGAUGGUUUCUUUUUUUAUUUUUCUCAAGCAGGAUUAGUUUAAGACAUUGCUGUAUCCUGAUACAAAUGAAAUAUCUUCUGAUAUUUCUGAGAACCAUCGCAACAGACCAAGAACAAAACCACCUGAUUAGGUAGGAGUGUUCAUAGCAGCUUAAUAAUACCCCAGAUGAGAACCUGGGAAAACCAGAUUUUUUCUUUGGAAGAACUUGAGGGAGGGUGGGGGGAGGGGGGCACUGUGGAAAGGCAGAGGGAAGAGAGUCAAGAGGCCCUUGCCUGCUGGCUUUGGCUUGUAAGGUCUCUGGCCAAAUUGUCUGGGCCUGGACCCUCUAAUUUGCACAGUGAUGUUAACUGACCUGGCACUUCCUCAGAAGGUGAUUAUUGACCUCAGACCUGCCAAGCAGCUGCAGGAUGGUGGGAUCCCAGCCUCCCAAAGCCUCAGAGGCCAGGUGCCCAGUGUACUCUAGACCUUGGCCUCUGAGCCUUCAUGGAUCCACUCUGGUGAGGAGCUUGCUCCUGAGUAGAGUGGAAACCUGUGGCAUUUCUCUCCCUUCCCUUUGUCCUUCCCAGAGCCAGGGCUCACCUGUCUGUCCAUGGCGCUGGCAGACAGGCUAAGUUCUCGGUUACCUUGUGCCAUUCAUGGCCAAAGUGAAGGAACCACAUUCCAGGUGGGUGCUGGUGGCUCUGGAGGUCAGGAUAGUGAAGGAAAAGCAAUAGCAAUAAACAUUUCAUCGACUCAUGGAACUGAAGGGACCUUAGCAAUCAUCUCAUCCAUUCCCCUGUUUGACAGAUGAGGAAGCUGAGGCCCAGAGAAGAGGAAAGGACUUCCCUAGACCUUGCAGUAAAAUUAGCAUUAAAUGCAACCUUCCUGCCUGGGGCAUGUUGCCCACAAAAAUUUACCUAGGGAUGGAUUGGCUUGGCUUUGUAAAAAUGAAGCCAGCAGUGCCCACACCUGAUGAGCUCUGGAACAGUCUCUGGGCUUUUGUUUCUGCUCUUUUCCUCCAUGGAUUUCAAAGGCAGAGGUUGAAGACUUGGCCGAGGUUUGUGGGGGCAGAUGGCAGGAACAGAAAUUGCAAAUGAGGAAAUAGCAUUUGGAAAUUCUGUGAAGACCUCUGGACCUCUCAUCCUAUACCUGACUCCAGCCCUUGGAGGAGCAGGUGGACUGGCUGAAAAAGAGUCCAUGCUGUUAAGACAGUAGCCCCUCAUCCUGAGAGGAGAGAAGGAAACAUGGGCUCUCUGGGGAGAAGAGGGACCCCUGGGUCAGGAGGCCCCAUUGGUCUCAGCCAGGAGCCCAGCUGUCUAACACUGCCCCCCUGCACCUGACACUUGGCUGGGCUAGCAGCCCCUUUGGGGAUGGUUGGCGGGGGGUGGGGGGGGCAGCGUGCACAGGAACAUUUUACUGUACAAAAUGGGAUCAUUGAUAACAUUUAGAACGUCUAAGUAACUCGCUUCAUUUUAAAUUCAUGCAUACGUGGAUAUAUCCCUACCCCUACCUCCCAUGUCUCCCUAAAGGAGGAAGGAAUCAGGAAACCCCUGGGCCAGGAGGACCUCAGAGGCUAUCCAGCUGUUCCCAGGGGUGCACAGCCCAGCAGCAUCCUCCACCUGGGAAGUGCAGGACCAGUAGGGAGAAGCCCCGCUGUUCUAAAUGGUCUGCUCGGGGGUGCUGAAAAGGUUUUGGUUUAAAACAAUAGAAAGUUUUCUAGUGUUAAUCCUUUUUUCUUUUUUUGGCAAAUACCUCCUCCUACUCCCUGGUUGUAUGAGGGUGGGUGAAGGUUGUUUUAGAUUAUGUCAUACAAGUUUAGAAAAUGCCAAAAUAAUAAUAAUGAUUAUAAUAAUAAUAGGAAACAUUUGCAUUUGUCAGGUGCUUCAUAGACUUCAGAGCACUUCACAGCCUUUAAUUUACUGACCCUGAGGGAAAGACAAGGUCAAAGUUAUUUCACCCAUUUGACAAAUGAGGAAACUGGUCCUAUUUAAUAGCAGGAAAGGGAACUUGCCCCAAAGUGAGCAGAAUGCUGGCACCCCAACAGGCUCCCCUGAACCCCGCUGCCUCCAGAUGGGCUGGGGCAGAACCAGAGGAGGGGAAAAGAGAUCUAGGAAUUACCUUUUUACCUUUGUCCAUUCUGUACCAGUAUGUAUAAACUAACAUCUAGUACCUCACAGUUUUUCACAAAGCAAUUUCAUAUCCGUCAUCUGGUUUAACCCCGUGAAACAGACAAUUCUCUCAUUUGAUCCAUGAGGAAACUGAGACUUGGAAAGGCAGAGUGACUUGCUUAUAAGUGGCAGAGCCAUUUGAAUCCCAGUCUGCGGUCUCUUUCCCUCCAGUCUGACUCCACACACGGGCUUGUGGACUGAAACUCGAUGCUGUGCACCCUCUCCUGGCCCUUGUAUGUAAUUCAAGAUCAAGGACAGAUCCCAAGGCAAAAACAAGGUGUGGAAAGGCUGGGGUCUGGAAGAACCCAGGCACAGCACCCCUUUUGCGGUCUGAGCACUGGAGCCCCAGUUCAGCUGGCCUCACCCUCUUGCUUUGAUGGAGAUCCACAAGCCUGGCCAAGCUUGGGGAGUCAUUGCAGAGGGACAGAGCCCAGGAGAACGAGGCAGUAGUGUGCCUGUGGUAGGAUGAGCCCACGUGGUAGGAUCACAGGCAUCCAUCACGAGGUACCAUGAGCAUCAUCCACAGAUAACUGGAUGGCCCGGUGGUCAAGCUGGACAGAAAGUCAGAGCUUGAGGGGCCCUGUCAUUUUAGGAAGUCCAGCAAGCCAGAGAGGACAAGGGGUGUGCCCACAUGACAUUUGAGCUGCAGCAUGGCACCAGCAAAGCCCUCUCUCCACCCCAUUCCACUGCUUCUCACCAGUGCCACAAGCUUGGUGGGCAGGGUUGGGGUACAGGUGGUUCCAGUCACCAGCCAACCCUCACGGCUUCCCCCACUUCUACCUGCCUCCCUCUCCUUAGCCUGGGGCCCAGGAAGCUGGAGUUUGGAAGCUGGAGUGCCCCGAAGUGCUAAGAGCCUGAAAUUUAAUCUUUCUGCCACAUUUUGGAAAAAUUGAUUUCCUUUCUUCCUCGUGAGACAGGACAGUCGCUCUUCCUCUCUCUCCUGGCAGUGACUGUAAAGUGCAUAUCCCCCUCCCUGUAUAUUGAAAAAGGACACUCACCUGUCCAGAGUUUAUUGUGUGUGUACAAAGUACUUUGACACUGAUUGCCAAAAUUCCCAUUUAUAGAUGGAAAAAACUAAGUCUCUGAAGGCUUAAGAGAGUUGCCAAAGGUCACACAGCUCAUCAGAGAAAGAGCCAAGAUUUGAACUCUUCAAAUCCUCUGGUCUUUCUACUGACACCUGCAGGCCUCGGUGGCCAGCAUGCAGAAGGGAUGGGCUACCUGUCUGCCCCUAAACAGAGGAAGACUCCAGGGAAACCUGGGAGGUCAGUCUUCCCCACUGAGCAGAUUUUUAUGAGGAGCCCUGGGAACCCAGAGGCAUUUCCAGCUGGCAGCACUUGAAGGACAGGAACUUGCAAUAAGAGGCCUAACUUGAGCAAAGCACUUUGGAGGUCAUGACGCCUAGGACUGAAGAUGUGUUCAGGGGCAGCCCUGGGCACCUGUCCAUUGAAAGACCUAUGUCCUUAGGAAUCCUGUGUACCCUUGCUUUUUGACCCUGGAGAGCUGGCCCACUAUCCAGACCCAGCGAGUUGGCACUUCCAGGGGACCUGGUGUAGCCUUGAAUGGCCAAAAGUACAUCUGAAUCCAGUCCCUGGGCUUGUUCUUCCCAAGGGUGAGGACCAGGAUCUAGAGAGACACUGUGCAGUCCUUCCUCCUCGCCCCAGCUCUUACCCUUGGCCACCCGAAGUGUUCCAGAGAUCUGGGGGGGUGUCUUCAGAGAGGCUGGCUUUGUUCCAAGUACCCUUCAGAAAUGAAUCACACGGAGCACAGGAGUAGUGCAGAUCCUUUGGUCACUAAGUUCUGAUGUCCUCACUGUGCAGACAGGACUCAGCCAGAGGUCCAGAGAGGCAUUGGCUGAAUCAAGCCUGGAGCCCUGCAUGUCAGACCCUCAGCCCUGCUCUGAGGGAGGUCAGAGAGGGAGGCCUAGAGGGCACAGGUCUUGGUCCCAGCACUGUGGCUGGAUCAGUCACUGAGAUGUCACCGUGGCAUUUGCUCCCCAAUUGCAGUUGACAGUACACGUGGAAGCUCUGCUUUCCAGCCUGUAUUCCACAGCACUGUAGGGCGUGUGGUCCCCAGCUGAUUGCCAAGCCUGGGAAUCCAGAGGAGGCAGGUUGGGCAGUGGAGGGGCAGGCUCCAUGCUGGUGUCCAGCCCCAGGAGAAUCCAGGCUAGACUUACCUCCAAGACCUGGAUCACAGUGGAGACCCAGCCAGGCUAUUGGAUUCCACAACUGAGCCUCUGAGAGCUCAGCCUCCUUUGGGUGUGCCAGUUUGGCAGCAGGAUUUGUCCUUUACCUGUCCACGUCCCCUUCUAGAAAACCUGUUUCUGAAAUUAGGCAUUACAUGGUUCUAGGGCCUGGCCUUUCAAUUUCCUGGCAGGCCAGUUUCAACAUUCCAUAACCAACCUUGCCUGAGCCAGACUUGGGUCUCACUCCCUCACUUUCUCCAAUGGGUAUUUUCUACCUUGUGUGCUGUUGAGUCCAGCCCAGUGGCCAGGUGAUUGGGACUGGCUGCCACAAAGCCAGAAAGGGAAACUAGAACGCUUGCUUCCCUGUGGCUGCAUCUGUAGUCCCUGGGUCUUCUUGCUGUGGCAGUGAGGCCCUGUACCCAGUCCAGCUCCUGGUAGAGGGGCUAUUUUCCUUUUUUGAAGAGAACACAACAGCUUUGCUGGUAAGUACCAGCCCAUAGGCCUCAAAUGGGUGAAGUCAUCUUUGGGCCUGACCCCAGCAAGACCAGCAUCUCCAGGCUCCAGCCUUCCUCCUUGUGCCUGAGAGUCAGGGACUUGUGCCUGAGAGUGGGACUGGCCAGAGACCACCUUCUUGGGUCAGCCAGCUUGUCUGGAUCUAUGGUGGGACUGCAGCUCUUCCUUACCCAGGGGGAGGUAAGGCCAGGCCUCUAGCAACGUGGCGUUGUCUGUCAUGACCUUUAAAGGCCAAAGGGCCUGUCCCCGUCUCCUGACUAAAAGGCAUCUGCAUCCCUGUUCAUAUCACACGACGGAGAAACUUGUUCUCGUGGCAUGUACCAUCCCUGUGAGAGAGCGUUGUAUAUGAUUUUGUAUUUUUUAAUUCAUUUUAAUCUACAGGUUGGAAUCUAGUUUUUAAAUUUUAUUGGAACUGACAUUUUAAAAAGAAAAACAUUUAAAAUAAUAAUAAUAAACCUUGA